AUGCAAUCGCUGGUGUUCGCUGCUUUGUCAGCGUGUGCACUUGCACUUGCGAUUGCUGCUGCUCAAGAUACCAGUGCUGGGUUACAAGUGGGCAGUAUGGCAGCGGAUCCUGCUGACCCAGUCACUACCCCACCGGUCGCGACGGAUCGAGGAACGACCGCACCUGCUGUCGCCGAUGUUGCUGCUUCAGCCCCACCAGAUGUCGCCACGCAAGUCACGGACCUUCCAGGUCCCGUGUGGACGGCCGAUCCUGUGCCAACAAUGAACAACGGCAACGGCAGUGACAGCGGCAGCUCGAGCGGUACCACUGACAUUGCGGUCCCCGUGACGAGAGCGCCCAAAAGGGACACGACGGCAUCUCAAUCGCAGUCAGACUCGCUGGCUCCGUCUGACACCUCUGGCGCUCGUAGCGUCACGACUGCCAUCGGCACGUGGGCGCUGGUGGGACUGCUGCUGGGGCUUGGCUCAAUCCUAUGGUAA